AUGCCGGAGGGGGAUAGAGAGAUGGGAAAGUGCACGGACAGGGGGUUGGGGAAGAGAGAGAAAGGCGUCCAAGACCCCCGCGCCCCUGCGCUAGCGAAGCACCUCCGGGCGUCGUUUGACCCGCCCACAGGGGUGCGCAAUCGCGUCCCCAGGCGGAGGGCAAUGGGGGCGGUGAGAUGGGGGAGGGGAAGGGUCUCUGCGCUGAGGAUUCGCCGGCACUGCGCUGAACUCCGCGGCGGCCGCGCGUCGCUCCCGCUGUUCCUCCCGCUGCCGCGGCCUCUGUGGGCCUCCUUCACCCCAUUGGGAAGAGAGUUGUUAUUGCCCGCCGUUACCAUAGCAACUGCAGCCACGCGCUGGGAGCCGAGUCUGCGAACUAGGCCUGGCGCGCUCCUGGAUUCCCUUGGGUUUUGCCUGCUGCCUCCAGCGGAGACUGGAGAAAAUCAUGGAUUUCAUCUUCAUCAUCUGUCAUUGAAUGCAUUGUAUCCCCAAAUUCAUGUUUUGAAGCCCUCACCUCCAGCACCUCAGAAUGGGACUAUAUUUGGAGAUAAAGCCUUGAAAGAGGUAAUUAUUAAGUUGAAAAUGAGGCCAUUAAGGUGGGCCCUACUUCAACCCAACAGAUGUCCUUAUAAGAAGAGGAGCUUAAGACCUACAGAGAAACACCAAGGCUGUGCAUGUGCAGAAGAAAAAGGCCACAUGAGGACACAGCAAGGAGGCAGCCAUCUAACCAGCCAAGGACAGAGGCCUCAGGGAAAACCAACAGCUUGAUCAUAGGCUCCUAACCUCCAAAACAGAAAGUAAAUUUACAUUGUUUACAUCA